AUGCAGUUGGACGUGCUAAAACAGUUUCUGACGAGGUCAGAACGUGUGAAAGGCAUAGAUUUUCACCCGCUGGAGCCGUGGGUGCUUACCACGCUUUAUAAUGGUAAGGUUGAAAUUUGGUCCUAUGCCACCAACACUCUCGUCAAGUCCAUUCAGGUGUCUGAAAUGCCAGUCAGAGCAGGAAAAUUUAUUGCCCGAAAGAACUGGAUUGUUGUGGGUGCCGACGACUUCCAUCUUCGAGUGUACAACUACAAUACUGGAGAAAAAGUGGCACAAUAUGAAGCACACCCAGACUACAUUCGGUCCAUUGCGGUUCAUCCUUCGAAGCCAUAUGUUCUUACGUCGUCUGACGAUUUGACGAUCCGGUUGUGGAACUGGGAGACUGGCUGGAAAUUGGAGCAGACUUUCGAGGGACAUCAGCAUUUCGUGAUGAGUGUCAAUUUUAACCCUAAGGACCCCAACACGUUUGCCUCGGCGUGUCUUGAUCGCACCGUCAAGAUCUGGCUGUUGGGCGCCUCGCAACCAAACUUCACGUUGGUGGCCCACGACGCGAAGGGGGUCAAUUACGUGGACUACUAUCCUCAGGCAGAUAAACCAUACUUGAUAACCACGUCCGAUGACAAGACGAUCAAAGUAUGGGACUAUCAAACCAAGUCGUGUGUGGCAACGUUGGAGGGCCAUCUUUCCAAUGUUUCGUUUGCCAUUUUCCACCCUGAACUGCCGGUGAUUAUCUCUGGUUCCGAAGACGGCACCGUUCGGUUCUGGAACUCCAACACGUUCAAGCUUGAGAAAUCCGUCAACUACUCGUUGGAAAGAGUAUGGUGUAUUGGCAUCUUGCAAAAGUCAAAUUUGAUCGCCGUGGGUUGUGACACCGGUUACGUGCUUAUCAAGUUGGGUAACGAAGAACCACUUUUCUCCAUGGACUCAAACGCAAAGUUGGUAUACGCCAAAAACUCCGAUGUGUUCCAGUCCGUCAUCAAGCCAUCGACUCUGGAAGGCUUUAAAGAUGGCGAGACUUUGCCGCUCCAGCAACGUGAAUUGGGACUGAUUGAAAUAUACCCUCAACUGCUUUCACACUCUCCAAAUGGCCGCUACGCCGCUGUUUGUGGUGACGGUGAAUACAUCAUCUACACGGCUUUGGCGUGGCGUUCCAAAACUUACGGUAAGGCACUUGACUUCUGUUGGAAUUCUCAUGACGCUUCCAAUGCAACUACCUUUGCAAUCCGCGAAUCUCAGUUGCUGGUAAAGAUCUUCAAAAACUUGCAAGAGCACCUUGCUCUUGAUCUCAUCUACCAAGCAGACAAGUUGUUUGCUGGGGCUCUUUUGGGUAUCAAGCUGGAAGGUUGUAUCUCGUUUUAUGAUUGGGAACAAGGUCUCUUAGUUCGUCGGGUCGAUAUCGAAGACGACAUCUUGGAUGUUGUGUGGCUGGACAACGGAGAGUUGGUCGCCAUCAUAACCUCUUCAGGAUCCGCUGGUCAACAAUCUUCUCUGGCCUCUAAAAACGAUACAUAUUUUCUCACCUAUAACCAUGAAAAUUUCGAAGCCGCGGUCGCUGCUGAUGAAUUGGAUCCAGAGGAAGGUGCAGAAGACGCCUUUGACGUUUGGUACACUUUGCCAACUUCGGAGCCAAUCUUGCUGGGAAUUUUUGUUGGUGAUGUUUUUGUGUACACCACCGGUACCACCAACAGACUCAACUAUUUCGUGGGUGGUGAAGUCAUUAACGUGGGUCACUUUGAUCACAAGUUCUUCAUUGUGGGCUACCGUACUGCAGAAAAUAAGUUGUACUUGAUCGACAAGUCAUUCAAUGUGAUAUCUUGGUUCCUCAACUCCGAUGUGUUGGAAUUGCAGACUUUGGUCAUGAGAGGCGACUUGGAACAAUUAGCGACAAAGACCGUCAAUGACGAAGGAGAAGAAGUGCCAGAUCUUGCUUCAGUACAUGAAGAUAAGCUCCCAGAAGACUAUGCCAAUUUGCUUUCUGGGUUCAACAAGACCGAACUCAAUCAAUUAUCACGGUUUUUUGAGAAACUCGGUUAUCUUUCCCUUUCAUAUUCACUUUCGCAAGAUUUCGACUCCAAGUUCCUGAUUUCCAUCACAAGUAAGAACUUGACCCAGGCUUACAGUUUGCUCUCCAAGUACGAAACAGAAAACCCAUCUACAAAAUUGGCCAAUGCAACAAAGUGGAAAAAGUUGGGUGAUCUCGCACUCACGAACUGGAACAUUAAACUUGCUCAGGACUGUUAUACUGCUGCGAACGACCAUGCUUCGUUGCUCUUGUUGCUCUCUUCGAGCAAUAAUAUCAAGGCUUUGUCGCAACUCGCUAUUGAUAGCGAAGAAAAAGGUCGUUAUAAUAUUGCCUGGCAAGCCAGAUGGCUCACGGGGGACAAAGAUGCAUGCGUCGAUUUGUUACUUAAGAGUGAAAGGUAUACUGAAGCUGCGUUUUUGGGAGUCAACUACGGCAGCGAUCGUUCCAAAGUUGACGAGGCUUUGGAAAAAUGGAAAAAGACUUUGGCCAGUAGUGGGCGUGAAAAAGUUGCCGACAGGCUUCUUGGACCCGAGGCUUCCAACGGUGCGUUAUCGGAAAGUUUGAUUGAUUUGAACGGAGAAGCGAAGGAAGAGACGGAAACGAAGAAAGAGGAAGAAGAAAAGGAAGAGGAAGCUGAAGAAGAAGCUGAAGAAGAAGCAGAAGAGGAAGAAGCAGAGUAG